AUGAGAAUACAAAGUACAGAUUAUAGGGUUUCUUAUUAUUAAGUUUAUCAUGGAAAGUCAAAACAUUGUUUAAAAGGAAGAUUAGUAAUGGGUUAUUCCAGAUUAAUGUUUGUAGCAUCCUUUAUUUAUUUGAAUGCUCUUUCUUUAAUUCAACUAUUCAGAAUCUAUCCAAAUUUGGGAGUAUUUUUUGCAGAAAUAAUAUUAAUUGUUCUUACAGAUAUAUUCAUGAUAUUAACUGUUUUCAGUGACCCUGGUUUAAUACCAAGAAUAAAUACUUAAUUUUAAAAAGUAAAAUAUUAUAUGAAUAAGGUAUACUGAAUGUUAUCUUAUACCACAGAAAUAAAAAUUUACAAAUGAACUUAUAUCAGUGAUUUAAACAAAAGUAAGUGAAUUAAAGUUUUGUGAUUCAUGUAAAAUUUAUAAAACUAGUACAACUGCACAUUGUAGAAGAUGUGAUAAUUGUGUUUAAGGAUUUGAUCAUCAUUGUGUAUGGUUAGGAUAAUGCAUAGGAUAAAGAAAUUAUCGGUAUUUUUAUUUGUUUGUAUUUUUCUUAACUAUUAUGCUUACUUUAUUUUUAAUUGUACAAAUCUAACAUUUGAUACAUAUAAAUGAUUAUUUAAUAAUAGAGUUUGUAAUUUAUGCUCUAAAAACCUUAGGAUUUUUAGUGUUCUCAACUUAUUUAUUGGUUUUGCAUACAUAUUUUAUUUUUGCCAAUAAAACUACAUAUGAAUAUUUAACAAUUAAUAGAUUUGUUAUUAAUUAUCAUAAGUUAUUGUUUUAUUAAGGAUAAGGCAUUUUAUUAUAAAGGAGAUUAACAAGAUUAUAUUAAAGUGUUUGGUAAAAAUUGUUGAAACCAAUUAGAUCUAAAUUUAUAUCAUUUACUUCAAAGGUAUUUUAAUAUAUAAAGAGUAUAGGUUUAUUAUGAAGUACCUUCUUAUGUAGAAUAGUAAAGAAUUCAAUAAAAGAUGUAAUAUAUGUUUAAUGAUACAAUUGAUAAAAUGUAAUUAGAAGAGAAGACAAAAACAUAUUAAAGUGAGUUAUGUAGUGUAAAAUAGAAUAGAUAAAUGUAAACUUAAAGAUAAAAUGAGAUUUCAUUACCUUAAUAAGAAUUUGAUUUCAGAUUUUUAAAAGUGGAAUCAGAAAGUAAUGGUGAAUAGAUUAAUUAAUUAUCUCAUGAUUCUUCAUAGCGAGAAGAGAAAAAAGAUUUAAAAAUAUAUGGAUUAUCUAAAUCAUAACAUAUUGAAUAUAACAAAUUGAAAGAUGUAUAAAAGGAGAUUUCGACAGCUAAAAAUAAAUAAAGCAAUAGAUUGAGUAAAGAAUUUAAUGAAAUUUAAAUUAUUUAAAUUGAUAAAUUAGGAUGA